AUGCAGAACACAGAAGACUGCAGUUUAGGAACACCCUACAAAAUCGUGUUUUCCAAAAACAGGGCGCUGGGAGCCAGGGCGCGCCCCUGCCUUUCGCGUCCGGAGAACCGCCUCCGCCUCCGGAGGGAGUCCAUCCCAGUGAGAGCCGCUCCCAGCCCUGGCUCCCCGUCCGAAGACAGCAGUUCCGGGAACCGCGAUGACAGCAUCGAACUGGAGAUCAGGAAGUUUUGGCGGAAAAGGCCAAGCAGUAGUGCAGGAGGCACGGGGGACCUUUCACAGGAGCUGCGGGAGCCGGCGCUUUCCCGCCCCAGGCCGGGAGCUGAAAGGGGCUCUAGCGCCCAGGCCGACUGCGCCCUGACCGGGAGCCACUGCGCCCAGCGCAGCCCGAGGGCGCUGAGCUCGGAGGAUGCGGUGCGGGGUGGGGGUCUCGGGAGCAACAGAGACUGGGAUCCGAGGGCCCGGCCCGCGCUACUGCCCACGCAGCGCUUCCACUUUGGACAGAGUGUCUCCCGCGCGGCGGGCCGGCCUCUCCAGCGCGCACCUGGGGCUGCCUUUGCAGGGCCACCCCCCGCCUCCAGGGAGGCCCACGCUCGCCGGCGAGGAAGGAUGGUGGGCCCUGGUCCAGCGGGAAGGCUGGAGGAACUCAGGCUCGGAGGAAAAAGUCUUUUAGACCCGGGCCAUCGACGAAGGCUCUCUAUGGGGACUACCAGGACCGGGACGCCGUGGGCAGACGCGCCAUGCCUUCUGUGCCACCUCCCUGGGGACCGCGCGUUAGCUCGUGGUGCAGGGCCAAGCCCUGGGACUGUGAGCGCGUGUCCCGUCUUCGUGCGCCCAUGGAAAGCGGCGUGUCCGUCCGUGCGUGCGUCCGUGCGCGUGUGUCGGCUGUGACCGCAGGGAGAGCAAACAGGCCGUUAUGCAUGUGUCCUGGUCAUAAAACCUUGGAAUGAU